CGCUCAAAAUCUCCUUGAUGUUUGUAACGUUUCAUCUGCCAACGACGCUGGCAGAUGAUUGGUCACAGUCGUGUGCCUCAAAUUGUACCUGCAAAUGGACCAAUGGCAAAAAAUCCGCCAUAUGCAGUUCGCUGCAGUUGACGACGAUACCGACAACGUUGAGCACGGAACUGCAGGUGUUGGUGUUGAACGACAACCACAUACCGUAUUUGAAUCGAGAAGAGUUUACCAAUUUAAAUCUACUAAAUUUGCAACGAAUCUAUUUGAAGAAAUCCGAGGUGCAAUAUGUCCACAAGGAAACUUUCAAGGAUCUUAAGAUUUUGGUGGAAAUCGAUUUAUCGGAUAAUAAAAUUGAAAUGCUCGACAAGGACACCUUUAUGGGAAAUGAUCGUUUGCGGAUAUUGUAUUUGAAUGGCAACCCGCUGAAGAAAUUGGUGGCCUAUCAAUUUCCCAUUUUACCACAUUUGCGAACGCUGGAUUUACACGAUUGCCUAAUAUCGUAUAUCGAUCCGAUGGCAUUGGCAAAUUUGAAUAUGUUGGAAUUUUUAUAUUUGAAAAAUAAUCUACUGGAAAGUUUGAGUGAAUAUGUUUUUCAACAUAUGGCUAAUUUGAAAACUCUUGUGUUGGACGAGAAUCCUUGGCAGUGUAAUUGUAAACUGAGGAAAUUCCGUAGCUGGUAUGUCAACAGCCGGCUGAACAGUGUCAGUUUGCUGUGCAAAGGGCCACCACAACAUAAAGAUCGCACCUGGGACCAGGUGGAGGAAGAGCAGUUCGGCUGUGGCCCCAAAGUGGAAAUAUUCAAUAAUGAAGAUGUUCAAAAUAUCGAAAUUGGCAGCAAUACCACCUUUAGUUGUUUGGUCUAUGGCGAUCCACUGCCGGAAAUUACCUGGGAGCUAAAUGGAAAGAUUCUCGAUUCCGAUAAUGUCAUGUUCGAGGCAGAAAAUGUGGCAUCGGAUAAGCUGUGGAACAAUUUGACAGUAUUCAAUAUGACCAGUUUGGAUGCCGGGACCUAUGUUUGCACCGGCACCAAUGUUGUGGGAGUGGCUUCGCAGAAUAUCAGCAUUUACUUAACGGAAAUUGUUCAACAUGUUUUGGUUAAGACCCCCGAGACAUUUUGGUAUUUCGGUUUAAUUAUGGGAACAUUUGGAACUGUUUUCCUAUUGAUUUUAAUCUCCUUUGUUGUGUGCCUCUGCAAGAGGACCACACGCCAGCGGAGACAUCCCAGUAAGACAGGCGUUAAGCCCAGUGUCAGUUUCAAUGACCAGGAGAAAAAGCUGCUGGACUUGAGUAUAACCACCACAACCAAUGAUCGGGUUGACAGUUGUUUGGACAACAAUCACAGUACGGCCACGGCCAUGAGUAAAGCGGAGUCGGUAAUAGGCUUUGAGCCCAUUGAAAUCCAUUCGGUUGAUAAUCAUCGAAAUAAUGUACACAAUCAUCAUUCCAUUAUGAUGGGUGGUGGCGGUGGUGUCGGCCAUCAUCAGAUGACACAUCAGCAACAGCUACAACAACAUCACUCACAUAUGGCACCCACAAGUGUGUCGGGUGCAACACGUCAGCAGCAGCUUAUGGCCGUGGCAGAUGGUUCGUGCAGUGUUGUCGGUAUACCAACGUCAAUGGCAUCGGCCGUUUCGGCAGCUCAUCACAAUCAAAUACCCGAAGAAUUCCCGUUGAAUGUUGGAGUAUUUCCACCACCACCAGAAUUUUGUUCCAACAUUGUACCAAAUCCAGCCUAUGGCAAUAUAUUUAUAAGUGUCUCAGUUACUCAGGAUAUGUUGGAUGGUACAGAUAUCAAUAUGUAUCCGGAUUUAUUGAAUAUACCCAAGAGAAUACAAGAUAAUCCAGGGGCAGCCAUAACAAUGGGUGGCAGCGGCAGCGGUGGGGGUAACAGCGAUACCAUGUCCCCACCACCACCACAACAACAAUCUUCCGGAGGAGGAUCAACAACUGUUACCACCAACAACUCCUCCAUGGUGAAUGUCACCUCCUUUGCCACCCUGCCUCGUAAUACCCAACGAAGGGGUAUCCUGAAAAAAGACUCAUCACUGCAGUCGCAACAGCACCAACAAUUGCCGCAAACCAACCUCUAUACCCAUGAUGAAAUUGUAUCCUAUCACAAUUUGGAUACAAGCUACAGUCAAGGCUAUCAGGAACAUCAAACGGAAUUAAUAGGUCUGCCACCACCACCUCCGCCGCCAUCGAUUAAAUGCCAUCACAGUCAGCAACAGCAGCAGCCACAGUCCACGAAUGCUACCUCCAAACCUUGUAGUGGUUGUAUGUCGGCCGCUCUACAAGCUCCUGGAAGUGCCUGUGCUAGCCCGCCCAUAGAUGCCACACCCUUGCGACCGCUGUGUAAACCAGCGACAGCAACGGGUUUGGGUUGCCUUAAAUACGACAACAUGGGCCGGCGCAUAACGGCCAGUGGCAAUUCCACGCUAUCGCUGCCCGACGAAGAACGUCUGGAGAGUGAGACUCUCUUCAAUGAGGGUAAUCCCUUGACAAAAACUCCCGCCACCAAAGUCAUUCUACAGGGUCAACAGAAUUCUACACAAAAUAAACAACAACAAGACUGCCAACAACAACAGCAAGGAGGAUCGGCGGCAACAACCGGAACGGGGAAUUCGUUAAGUUCGGGUCAAAACAAAAAUUCCACGAGCAAGAGUCACCAAGAUACGGGAAAUGAAUUUGUAUCGCUCUAG